GUAACCUUUUUCGCAAUACAGAUUCUCCAACUGGCUCCACAACACCACCUUUCUUUACUGUAUAUAAGCAGCUUAACCAUAACAAUAUCCAGCACAAGCCAUCAUCACUUAAACUAAAUCUAUCCCUUCUCUUUUUUCUCUUCUUCUUAACUUUCCUAUAGUCCAUUUAUAAACAGUCUCAGAUCUCUUUCAGUGUCUUUUCAGAGUGAAUUAUGGCCUCAAGAAACUCAGGCAAUUCCUCUUGGACACCGAAGCAAAACAAGCUGUUUGAAAAGGCUUUAGCUUUGUAUGAUAAGGACACCCCAGACCGGUGGCAAAACAUUGCCAAGGCUGUUGGUGGUGGAAAAUCUGUUGAUGAAGUUAAGAGACACUAUGAAAUCCUCAUUGAAGAUCUCAAGCAUAUCGAAUCCGGAAGGAUUCCAAUUCCCAACUACAAGUCCACCAGAAGUAGCAACUGCAAUGCUGCUGAUGAAGAGAGGUUUCUAAAGAAUCUGAAGCUACAGUGAAGUCCGAAUCUAUAUAUAAAAAUGUUAAGAUUAGAUAUGUGUGACUGUGAAAGAUAGUUGUAUGUAUCAACAUGUGAACAACUCUUUCCUUCCCUCUCUCUCUUCUUCCCCUUUGUCUCAUCUUAAGCCAUGCAUCAUCUAAGUAAUGAAAAUCUCCAUGUUU